GUACAGCAUGCGCUUCUGCCCCUUCGCGCAGAGAACCCGCCUCGUCCUGCACGCCAAGGGCAUCAGCCAUGAAGUAAUCAACAUCAAUCUCAAGAACAAACCUGACUGGUUCUUUGAGAAGAACCCCUUUGGGCUGGUUCCUGUUCUGGAGACCAGCAAGGGCCAGCUAAUCUAUGAGUCUCCAAUCACUUGUGAGUAUUUGGAUGAAGCCUUUCCAGGGAAGAAGCUGCUACCUUUGGACCCAUAUGAGCGAGCCUUGCAGAAGAUGCUCCUGGAACACUUCUCAAAGAUAAUACCUCUAGUCGUCAAGUACUACACUGCAGUCAGAGAUGGACAGGAUGCCUCGGCACUGAAAGCAGAGUUUGUUGAAAAGCUUAGCAAACUUGAAGAGACACUGUCUAAAUGCAACACUGUGUUUUUUGGUGGGGACUCCAUCUCCAUGUUUGACUACAUGGUCUGGCCCUGGUUUGAACGCCUCGAGGCAGUGCAGCUGCAGGACUCUUUGAGUCACAUGCCAAAGCUCCAGCGCUGGAUGGGAGCCAUGAGGGAGGACCCUGCUGUCAAGGCUACGAUGACUGAUACACAGACAUACAAAGGCUACCUUCAGCUCUAUGUGAAGAACAGCCCCGAGGCCUGUGAUUAUGGGCUUUGAGAUGCCCAUGGGCACAUACCACUGGAGGGGCAGUGCCUCUCUUCAGU